ACUGUGAAGCGUAAACAGCGAGUCCUACAAUUUGGACCCUCGUAUUAUACUUGUCUUCUGUGCAGGCCAACACAGGGAGCGAAUUCGGAUAAAAAUGUUUCCAGAUAACAUCUGUCAAGUACUGCUUCUAGUGGCUGUAGUGGUGGGGUCAAGCCACAGUCAGCAGCACUACUGCUCGUAUCCUAGUAGUACCGAGCUGGAGAGUGUGAUUGCCGCCAUCAUCGCCUCAGGAGAUGCUGCAGCUAAACCCACGAUAACUCUGCUGGAUUUCAAUCCCGUCUGUCGUUCAUUCACUGACCGACAAGACCUCCUACGUGGAGUGUCAGUCGUGGUGCAGUACACUUGCUCUGGUCACUCCAACUGCCGAUCAGGAACUGUAGUGGAGCAGAUUGAGUCUGGUUGUGAAAGUGGAAAGUGGAGCAUUAGAGUAGAAGGCUCUACUUCUUUCACUCGUUCAGAAUCCACUGAAGCCAGUCUUUCUACCACUGCCAGAGAAGACUGUUCAGCUUGUGUGUCUCCAGAACUAGCAAGCAGUCUGGGUGUCACGACUGAUAGCGUAACUCACUGUGUAGCCUGUAACUCAACAUGUGAUCAAGGUCUCAUGAGAUGCUUUGGAUUUGGUGCCAGUGACUGCUGCAACUUCUACAACAACUCAGUGUGUGUGGAGCAGUGUCCCAGUCCUUUCAUGUCCAACUCUGACAGUAUAUGUGUCUGUCCAGAGGGGACUACUGGCCACAACUGCGAAGAUGAUGUUGACUGUGGUAGUCUUACAGACCCAGUGAAUGGAGCAGUUACUGUGACUAAUACAACAUUCAACUCAACAGCCACUUACUCCUGCAAUGAUGGCUACAGUCUAGUGGGAGAUACCACCAGAACAUGUGAGGCAAAGUGUGUUGUUACUGGUUGCAGCAGUUGCGAAAGUGACUCCAGCAAGUGUGAUACAUGUGAAGAAGGGCGGAGACUGGACGAUGAUAAGUCAGCCUGCUCAGAAUGCGCAGUUACUGGUUGCAGUAAUUGUGACAGUGAUGUCAGCAAGUGUGACACAUGUGAGGAAGGACGACUGAGCGAUGAGAAAUCAGCCUGUAUCACCGGAAAUGAUGGUGGCAGUGAAAAUGAUGAUGAUAAUGGUCUCUCUAUUGGAGCCAUCAUUGGUAUUGUGAUUGCUUGCAUCGUUGCUGUCGUUGUUAUUGUCGUGGUUGUUAUAGCGAUUGCACUGUAUGCAGUCUUCCGUAACAACAAGUAG